GUUGGUGGAAAGUGCAAUUUGCCGUGAUGGAGUACGAAGGGAAGCUCUCGAAGUCGGCGUCCAACCAGCUCGCGCAGUCGCUCCGCAACGAAGAGAGCGGCCGCAUCAAGCACACGGGCCGCGAUGACCGCGCCACGUCCGAGCAGGUGCUCGACCCGCGCACGCGCAUGAUGCUCUACCGCAUGCUCAACCAAGGCGUUGUGACCGAGAUCAACGGCUGUCUCUCGACAGGCAAGGAGGCCAACGUGUACCACGCGCGCCUCGGCGCCGGCGGCGAAGGCGCGAUCAAGGUCUACAAGACCGCGAUCCUCGUCUUCAAGGACCGCGACAAGUACGUCUCGGGCGAGUUCCGCUUCCGCCACGGCUACUGCAAGUCGAACCCGCGCAAGAUGGUCAAGCUUUGGGCCGAAAAGGAGAUGCGCAACUUGAAGCGCCUCAAGGACGCCGGUAUUCACUGCCCGGACCCGAUCAUGCUGCGGUCGCACGUGCUGCUUAUGACGUUCAUUGGCAUUGACGGGUGGGCGGCACCGCGCCUCAAGGACGCGCGUCUCUCCGAGUCGCAGCUGCGCUCCGUGUACAUCUCGUGCGUCAAGACGAUGCGCGUUAUGUACCAAGUGUGCAAGCUCGUGCACGGCGAUUUGUCCGAGUACAACUUGCUCUACUUUCAGAGCAAGCUCUACUUUAUCGAUGUCUCGCAGAGUGUCGAGCACGAGCACCCGUGCGCGAGCGAGUUUCUCCGGAAGGACUGCAAAAACAUCACUGAUUUCUUCCAAAAGAGCGGGCUCGACCCCAUGUCAACGAAGGAGCUCUUUGAGUUUGUCACGGACCCCCGGCAGCUCAACGACGAGCAGGUGGACGCGAUGCUUGAUAUGAUCCAAGUGCAGGUCGAGGACCGCCCGACGACCAAGACGAACGAGCAGCAGGUCGAAGAGGCUGUCUUUAUGCAGACGUUUAUCCCGUCGUCGCUCGGCCAAGUGCUCAACUCGGAGCGCGAUCAGCUCGCGUACGCCGAAGGCCGCAUGGAGAAGACGCUGUCAGCCGCCAUCUCGCGCCUCGAGGUGUCGCAGCCGCGGCUCAUGGACCUGCUCAACGUCGACGAGCUCGAUAUGGAUGCGCUCGACGACUCGGACGACGACGACGAUGAUGAUGAUGACUCGGACGACGACGACGACGAUGACUCGGACGAUGACGAAGAGACGGACGAAGAAGAGACGGAAGAGAUGUACAAGCAGCGCAUGGCGUUCCGGCAGGAGCGCCGCGAAGCCCGCGAACAGGCCAAGGCCGCCGAGCGUGCCGAGCUCAAGGCCAAUAAGAACCGCGUCAAGGAAGAGAAGCGGGAGAAGCGCGCGUCCAAGAUUCCCAAGCACGUCAAGAAGCGCCACAAGAAGCUCUCCAAGCAAAAGAAAAAGUAGAUACCGUAUCAGUUGUGGACUUGAUACAUAUAUAUCGUCUGAUGUGAACGGA